CAAGAGAUCAGCCAGAUGUUUCACACCAGAGACUCUCCAACAAGCAGUGCAGGGAGCACUUCCUAUGAAACACCAGCGCUAUCAGACCUCCAGCGGCUCCUUUGGUUUAGAGGAGGGUCUGAUAGUCAUGUAGACCAAGUCUGGCCGAAUAUUUACCUCGGAGAUGCGUGGGCUGCUAGGAGCAAAACUACUCUUCAAAGCCUCAACAUUACUCAUAUCCUUAAUGCAGCAGAUGGGCCAUAUAACAUCAACACAGGAGCCAAAUAUUACAAAGAUCUACAAAUAGAGUACUAUGGAAUAGAAGCAUUUGAUGAUCCUUCCUUUAAUUUAAGUAUCUUCUUCUACGAUGCUGCCAAUUUCAUCAGCAAAGCCUUAAACACCUCAGGAGGUAAGGUGUUUGUUCAUUGUGCCAUGGGGGUGAGCCGCUCAGCAUCUUUAGUGCUUGCCUUCUUAAUGAUCCAUGAAAAAAUGACAAUCGUGGAUGCUCUGAAAACAGUGGGUGCUCACAGAGACAUCUGCCCAAAUCCAGGGUUCCUCAGCCAGCUCCGGGACUUGGACAUUAAACUAAACGAAGAGAGGAACGAAACCAGAGCAUCUGCUACCAAAGAGCUGUAA